AUGGUUAAUUCCACUCCAGACUCAAGUUCUUCCUCCUCUGCUUAUACUCCUAAACCUUCAAGUCCGUUAUUUCUCCUUCCUUCUGAUGUACCGGGGGUGUCUUUAGUUGUUGUGCCCUUUUCCGGGACUAGUUUUGGGGGUUGGAGGAGGAGUAUGAUUGUGUCUUUGUCCGCUAGAAACAAAAUAGGUUUUAUCGAUGGGUCUUGCACCAAGCUUGCUGUGGAUUCUCCCCAGUACAGGCAGUGGGACAGGUGCAAUAAUAUGGUCAUAUCCUGGUUAAUCAAUUCUCUUUCUCCAGAUAUAGCUGAAAGUGUACAAUAUUCUGAAACUGCUGAAAGUAUAUGGAAACAAUUGAAUAAUAGAUAUGGGACUGUUAAUGGAACUAAGCCAUGCAAAUCUUGUGUUUGUGCUGCUAAGGAGGGACUCCAGAAGGAGAAAGAAGAGGACAGGGUUCAUCAGUCCCUCAUGGGUCUUAAUGAGGUUUAUGUGGGGGUAAGAAGCAACAUCUUAAUGAUGCAACCAUUGCCAUCCCUUGAUACAGUCUACAACAUUUUGUUGCAAGAUGAAAAACAGAGACAGUAUUGCAAGAAACCUGGUCAUACAAUUGAGAAAUGCUACAAAUUACAUGGCUUUCCACCAAAUUUCAAAUUCACAAAGGGUAAGAAGUUUGGUACUGCUGCAAGUGCUGAGGGGCAGACUUCUGAACCUUCUGCAAUGUAUCCUCCUACUGAUCAAAGCUCUUUGAUCCCUGGGUCCCAACCUGUUCUAAUGGGAUCUGCCAAUUUUGCUGGUAGUACUUCUUCUCUUCCUGUGUGUUUAAAUGGUAGUUCUACUUUGUGCAUGUUGACUAGUGUAGCUGGAAGGGUUUGGAUAGUGGAUUCAGGGGCAACUGACCACAUGACUUCAAAUAAGGACCUUCUUUUUAAUAUUACACCUCUUCAUGUUCCUUACUUAGUUUCUUUACCUAAUGGUUAUAAGGUUAAGGACCAUUCUAUGAAGAAGCUACUGGAGCUUGGUAGAAUGGAUCAAGGAUUAUACAAAUUUCACCUCAACCAUUCCGCUCCUCCAACAAUCUCAUCUCCUAAUAACUCUGUUUUACAGAAUGCUGAAUUUUCUUUACAUGGAAAUGUUCCAAAUGUGAACCACAGAUCUGUUCCUGUUUUACCUUGUGCUACUGUUCAAACUGAGAAUUCAUGUCAUGUUUCUACUUUACCUUCUUGUACUGUUCCAAAUAAUGUGAAUAAAAAUGAUGUUCUUUGGCAUCAUAGAUUGGGGCAUGUUCCUUUUGUUCAAAUAAAGCAUAUACCUUCUAUCUCUAAUGAUUUGUCUGCUAAACAGUCUUUUAUUUGUCCUUGGCCCUUGUUUCAGUUGGAUGUUAAUAAUGCAUUUUUGCAUGGGGAUCUGGAUGAAGAGGUUUACAUGAAACUUCCUCAAGGUCUUUCUGUUACUUCUACAUCUUUUGCUUUAUCUGUUUCUUCUAAGUAUCCUACUUUGGUUUGCAAAUUGCAAAAGUCUCUUUAUGGUUUGAGACAGGCUUCUAGACAAUGGUACGCAAAGCUAUCUCAUGCACUCUACUCUAGGGGGUAUAAUCACUCAUUGAAUGACUACUCUUUGUUCGUUAAGAAAACUGACUCUUUUACUACCCUUAUAGCUGUUUAUGUAGAUGACAUCAUUGUCACUGAGGAUGACUUGAAAGAAAUUUCUGCUCUUAAAGCUUUCUUGGAUGCUCAGUUCAAAAUUAAGGACUUGGGUUGCUUAACUAUUUCUUGGGUAUUGAGGUUUGUUAUCUUCAAUCAGAGACCUAGAAUUCCACAUAUGACUGCAGCUUUACAUGUCUUGAGAUACUUAAAGGGAACUUCUGAUUUUGGGGUCUUGUUGAAUAAUUCUGCUGAUUUGUCUUUGAUGGCCAGUUGUGACAGUGAUUGGGCAGAUUGCCCUGAGUCUAGGCGCUCAGUUUCUGGUUUUUGCAUUCAAUUGGGUGCUGAGGCUGAAUAUAGAGCCAUGAGUAGAGUGGUAGCUGAGUUAGCCUGGUUAGUUCGCCUAUUAUCUGAUUUGGGUCUCUCUGUUGCUCUCCCAAUUCCUAUCUUGUGUGACAACCAGGCUGCUAUUCAUAUCGCCAACAAUCCGAUGUUCCAUGAACGUCCCAAGCACAUCGAAGUCGGCUGCCAUUUCAUUCGAACAAAGUUGGCAGAUGGUCUUAUCUCAUUGUCCCAUGUUUCUACUAGCUCUCAACUAGCUGACAUCUUUACUAAACCUUUGACAGGUCUACACCAUCGCGCAUUGAUUGGCAAGUUGGGCGUGUGUCCACCCUCCAACUUGAGGGGGGAUGUUGGAGUUGGAGUUGGAGUUGCCUGA